CUCUUUAACGCAUGUGAGCAGCUGGUAAAGCCGGGCUCGCGCGCUCAUUCCCCCUGUGUGUGUUCAGCUCAGCGCCCGGGUAGGUCAGCUCUGAUACCGGACCUCGCGUUUCUGCUUCAGACACCUUUAUCCAGCCUUCAGGUGAGCCAUGCCUUCAGUCCCCUCUGAUUCAGACACCUCUGCUCUGGCUCCUGUCUGCCCCCAUAUGGAAAAGAUGGCGCUCCUGAGUGGGGAGGCUGAGUUGAAAGGGAAGACCACACAGAACGGGAAAGACAGUUUCAAGGUGACGUCCAACGGCCCGACUCACAAGAAGGAAGGGAACGGUCACCACGCAGAGAACGGUUCAGCUCACAAAAGCAAGAAAGUGGAGAACGGAGAGCAGAUAGAGGAUGUGAUGGAGAGGAUGUGGAUCCGUCCAGAUCUGGCCAGCAGAUGCACUUGGAAGCUUGAUGGGCCAAAUGUGGAUUCCCCACAUAACCAUUCCAUACGAACAAAAGCCCCCCACAUUCUGCCCAACAUCCUGAGGAAAAUUGGAGACACGCCGAUGGUGCGCAUCAACAAAAUCCCAAAAACCUUCGGGCUGAAGUGUGAGAUCUUGGCUAAAUGUGAAUUCUUUAACGCCGGGGGCAGCGUGAAGGAUCGCAUCAGUCUGCGUAUGGUUGAGGACGCGGAAGAAGCUGGAAUUCUCAAACCUGGAGACACAAUCAUCGAGCCUACCUCCGGAAACACAGGUAUUGGCCUUGCUCUGGCAGCAGCUGUGAAGGGUUACCGCUGCAUCAUCGUCAUGCCUGAGAAAAUGAGUAUGGAGAAAGUCGAUGUCCUGCGAGCUCUGGGCGCUGAGAUCGUUCGAACCCCGACCUCAGCUCGCUUUGAUUCGCCCGAGUCUCAUGUAGGCGUGGCCUGGCGUCUGAAGAACGAAAUCCCCAACGCUCAUAUUCUGGAUCAGUACCGCAAUCCCAGCAACCCUCUGGCCCACUACGAUGGCACCGCUGAGGAGAUCCUGGAGCAGUGUGAUGGUAAAAUAGACAUGCUGGUGGCCGGAGCUGGCACAGGUGGCACGAUCACUGGCAUCGCCCGCAAGCUGAAGGAAAAAUGCCCCAACAUCAAGAUUGUUGGAGUGGACCCUGAGGGCUCGACCCUGGCAGAACCAGAGGAUCUCAAUAAGACCAAUAAGACGGCCUAUGAGGUGGAGGGCAUCGGAUACGACUUCAUCCCUACAGUACUGGACAGAUCUGUGGUAGACAGCUGGUACAAGUCCAAUGAUGACGAGUCCUUCGCUAUGUCCCGUAUGCUGAUCCGAGAUGAAGGCUUGCUGUGCGGUGGUAGUUCAGGUUCAGCUAUGGCUGCAGCGGUGACCGUGGCUAAGGAGCUGAAGGAGGGUCAGCGCUGCGUGGUCAUUCUGCCCGACUCCGUCCGCAACUACAUGUCCAAAUUCCUCAGCGACAAGUGGAUGUGUGAAAAGGGCUUUCUCGGAGAAGAGGACCUGAUGGUGAACAAACCAUGGUGGUGGAAUCUGACUCUUCAGGAGCUCCGUCUGUCUGCCCCUCUGACUGUUCUGCCCUCCGUCAACAUCAAAAACACCAUUAAGAUCCUGAAGGAGAAGGCUUUUGAUCAGGCUCCUGUAGUGGACGAGGCUGGAGUGAUUCUGGGUAUGGUCACACUGGGCAACAUGCUCUCGUCUGUCCUCGCCGGGAAGGUCAGUCCAUCUGAUCCCGUCAUCAAGGUUCUCUACAAGCAGUUCAAACAGGUACGUCUCACUGAUAACCUGGGCAAACUCUCCCGGAUCCUGGAGACGGAUCAUUUCGCUCUGGUGGUGCACGAACAAAUCCAAUACAUGACUGAUGGCUCAUCCACUCUGAAGCAGAUGGUAUUUGGCAUCGUCACGGCCAUCGACCUGCUGAACUACGUGACCACUCGCGAGAGGAGGGAGCGAACACUGUCUGAAUGCUCACUGCCUGACGACAUGUAACCGCUCCCCGAUCUCGAUAAUCUCAUUUACUUAUAAAAUACAUCUUAGUUUCAGAAGCUGAAGAUCAUAGAAGAUCAUUAUAGAGAACGAGAGGCUAUUUUAGUAACAUAAGGUUACUUUUGUUCUUCUUAUUUCCAUUCAUGUGAAUGUGUAAUGUAAACUUAAUGAUUUUGCUGCAGUUCAAAAUCAAAUCAGUGUUUAUUCAGUCAGGAUUACUUUGAUUUAUGCCAAAUGAUUAAGUUUAGGUUUAAGUUAAGUUUGCUGAUAGUUGACGUGUUUUAGAGUAGCUUUAUUUACAGUCAGAGAAAAGAAAGCUGUGCAGGUUCAUUGGUACCAAAUUCCUAAUUUUGUGAGAUGUAUAUAUUUGAAUUGAUAAAAAGGCUUGCUUUAUCUUGGGUUAAUUAUAACUUAUUUUUCAAUUUUAGUGCUGCUAUAUUCCAGCUUCUGCUUUUUAGAAUGAAGAUUGAUUUCUUCAUUCAUUUAGGAAUUAGAGCGCCCCCUUUUGACUGCAAUAAAAACCAAUCGUGAUUUAAAAAAUCAAGCCUGUAGUUGACCCUGGCUGGCUGUGGUAAAUAUGGCUGGUGGUCAGGGAGUGUGUGGUAAAGCACAGGUGUGUUUGGCUAGGUUUUCUGGCAGGAAGCUGGUGAGAUAGUGAACGAGUGUGUAAAUAGUGUGAGGGUCAGCAGCCCUCGCUUGUGCGCUGUGAUCUGGUCUACAGAGGCCUUGAAUAUUUAGAUGUUUUACUUUUUUUUCAUUUAUUAUCUUUAAAAACUAUUCUUGUAUGUAAAUGAAAUGAAUGUAUGAGGAGGAUGUUUGUAAUAAGACUGUAAAAUAAGGAUGGAUGUAGAGGAUGAGGCUCUUAGAGCUCAAAUUUGACAGGAUUGUUUGUGUGAGUCUCAAAGUGUCUUUACUGUAUAUUAUUUACUUCAUUUGAUUGUUUUUCUCUUUCGUUGGUUGAUCUGUUGACUGAUGUAAUUAAUUUGCUAUAGUUUUAAAUAAAAGCUUAAAUAAAAGAGGA